CGACAAUUCUACCUGACAACCUCCGAGUCCUCCCACAAGCAAAUAUGUGGAAACCCACGACGCUUCUGGGUCAACUUUCCGAACAGACCCUCUUGCAGGGUGGUCGUUGCCUGAGUUGCCAAUUGCGCAAUGCAACCGCUCUCCGUCGACCAGCUGCACUGCGUUACUAUGCUAGCAACAGCAACAACAGUAACAGCAAGGAACCCAAGUCCACGACUAGUACAUCCCCCCUCCCCACCAAAACCAACCGGGUCGCCCAAUUCCAGCAAAACUACUCCGCAACUGCAUCAAAGGUCCCCUCCCCGACUAGCCAACCCGGCGAUGACGACUUUAUACCUCCGACUCUGGACCGGCCCAUCGGGUCAGCGAUCCCGCCGCAAGAAGGCCAGAACACGGGCGUCGAUGACCGGUCUUUCCGGCAACGACGAGACGACUUCGUGAAUUAUGAAAGACAUUUGGAAAGGAGAAAGGAAUUAACCCGACAAGUCGCAAAGCCCUACUUCCGCGAAUGGUCGAACAUGCGGUACCACGAAGGCAAAACCUUCCUCUCGAACCCGCGACUCUUCAAACGCGACAAAGCACUCUACUUCCCCAACAUGCACGGCAUCACCCUUGCCUCGCCCAAGAAACCCCAAGAUACGACGCCGCUCUUCCGCGGAAAAGUCACCAUCGUGAAUCUGUUUUCUAGCGUCUGGGCCGAGUCGCAAGUCGUGACGUUUACGGGCAAGGAGCAGAAUCCCGGGCUGUAUGAGGCGAUGCGGGACGGGGAAGGGUUGGUGCAGAAGGUGGAUGUGAAUUUGGAGGAGAAUGCGUUGAAAGCGGGAUUGAUUCGCAUGUUUAUGUGGCGGAUGAGGGGGAAGUUGCCGGUUGAGCAGCAUGAGAGGUACUUUUUGGUGAGGAGGGGGUUGGAUGAUGGGUUGAAGGAGAGUAUUGGGAUGUUGAAUGGGAAGGUUGGGUAUGUUUAUUUGGUGGAUGAGUAUUGUCGGAUUCGGUGGGCGGGGAGUGGCCCGGCUGAGAAGGGGGAGUUGGAGGCGUUGAAUAAUGGGGUGCGCAAGUUGGUGCAGGAGAUGAAGGUUAGUCGGGAGUCGGAGUUGCCGGUGCAGGAGUGGGAGGUGGGCUUGAAGGAGGAGGCGGCGAAGAAGCCUAGGGUGGUGGUGCCUUGACCUACUGAGGUGGUCGAACUGGUGUAUGUACAUACGAGGGAUUGAGUGUGGGUGUACGUGAGUGUAUGAUAUGCUCCAGACACCGACACCAGGAUAGAAAUCCCCACUACUAGUCUCUGUAUAGUAAAACGAAUAAUCAGACAAAUCUCCAACGCC